CGGCCGGCCCCCAGCCCCAGCCCCGGAGGGAGCUCAUGGGAGUAUGAAGGAGAUGGUAGGAGGCUGCUGCGUAUGUUCGGACGAGAGGGGCUGGGCCGAAAACCCGCUGGUCUACUGCGAUGGGCACGCGUGCAGCGUGGCCGUCCACCAAGCUUGCUAUGGCAUCGUCCAGGUGCCCACGGGACCCUGGUUCUGCAGGAAGUGUGAAUCUCAGGAGCGAGCAGCCAGGGUGAGGUGUGAGCUGUGCCCACACAAAGAUGGGGCAUUGAAGAGGACAGACAAUGGAGGCUGGGCCCACGUGGUGUGUGCCCUCUACAUCCCAGAGGUGCAGUUUGCCAACGUGCUCACCAUGGAGCCCAUUGUGCUGCAGUACGUCCCUCAUGAUCGCUUCAACAAGACCUGUUACAUCUGUGAGGAACAGGGCCGGGAGAGCAAAGCCGCCUCAGGAGCCUGCAUGACCUGUAACCGCCACGGAUGUCGACAAGCUUUUCACGUUACCUGUGCCCAGAUGGCAGGCCUGCUGUGUGAGGAAGAAGUGCUGGAGGUGGACAAUGUCAAGUACUGUGGCUACUGCAAAUACCACUUCAGCAAGAUGAAGACAUCCCGGCACUCCGGCGGCGGCGGCGGGGGAGGCGGUGGCGGCAGCGGGGGCGCAGGAGGAGGAGGAGGAGGAGGAGGCAGUGGGACCAGCGGUGGCGGAGGUGGAACAGGGGGAGGCAGCGGCAGCGGCAGUGGCGGUGGCAGCGGCGGUGGCAGCAGCAGCUUCCUCACUGGCAGCAGAAGCCGCUCGGCCUCACCAUCCACCCAGCAGGAGAAGCACCCCACCCACCACGAGAAGGGCCAGAAGAAGAGUCGGAAGGAUAAAGAACGCCUUAAACAGAAGCACAAGAAGCGGCCUGAGUCCCCCCCCAGCAUCCUCACCCCGCCUGUGGUCCCCACUGCUGAUAAGGUCUCCUCAGCUACUGCUUCCUCCCACCACGAGGCCAACACUCAGGAGACCUCUGAGAGCAGCAGGGACUCGAAGGGGAAAAAGCCUUCCAGCCAUAGCCUGAGUCAUAAGGGGAAGAAACUGAGCAGCGGGAAAGGCUCGUCCUUACAAAGCUCUCCUGACUUCGCAGCAUUCCCCAAGCUGGAGCAGCCUGAGGAAGACAAGUACUCCAAGCCCACGGCCCCCACUCCGCCAGCCCCUCCCUCGCCCACGGUCCCUGAGCCGCCGAAAGCUGACCUCUUCGAACAGAAGGUGGUCUUCUCUGGCUUUGGGCCCAUCAUGCGCUUCUCUACCACCCCCUCCAGCUCCAGCCGGGCCCGAGCCCCCUCACCUGGGGACUACAAGUCUUCCCAUGUUUCCGGGGCCGGGGCCUCGGCAGGCACGCAUAAGCGGAUGCCUGCCCUGAGUGCCACCCUCGGACCUGCUGAGGAGGCCCCUGAGACAGGCCUGAAGGAGAAGAAGCACAAAGCCAGCAAGAGGAGCCGACAUGGGCCAGGCCGUCCUAAGGGUAGCCGAGGCAAGGAGGGUGCCCCAGGCCCGACUGCCUCCCUCCCCGGGGCUCAGCUGGCUGGUUUUACUGCUACUGCUGCCUCACCCUUCUCCGGAGGGUCCCUGGUCAGCUCUGGCCUUGGGGGCCUGGCCUCCCGGACCUUUGGGCCUUCAGGAAGCUUGCCCAGCCUGAGCCUGGAAUCCCCUCUACUGGGGGCAGGAAUCUACACCAGUAAUAAAGACCCCAUCUCGCACGGUGGAGGGGUGCUGCGGGCUGUCUGCAGCACCCCACUCUCUUCCAGCCUCCUGGGGCCCCCAGGGACCUCAGCCUUGCCCCGCCUCAGCCGCUCCCCGUUCACCAGCACCCUCCCAUCCUCUUCUGCUUCCAUCUCCACCACUCAGGUGUUUUCUCUGGCUGGCUCUACCUUCAGUCUCCCUUCCUCCCACAUCUUUGGAACCCCCAUGGGCACUGUUAACCCCCUCCUGACCCAGGCUGAGAAUAGCCACACAGAGCCAGACCUAGAAGACUGCAGCUUCCGGUGUCACGGGACCUCCCCCCAGGAGAGUCUCUCUUCCAUGUCACCCAUCAGUAGCCUCCCUGCACUCUUCGACCAGACAACAUCGGCUCCCUGUGGGGGUGGCCAGUUAGACACCACAGCCCCGGGGACGACUAAUAUGGAGCAGCUGCUCGAGAGGCAGGGCGAUGGAGAGGCCGGUGUCAACAUUGUGGAGAUGCUGAAGGCCCUGCAUGCCCUGCAGAAGGAAAACCAGCGACUGCAGGAGCAGAUCCUGAGCCUGACAGCCAAGAAGGAGCGACUCCAGAUCCUCAACGUACAGCUCUCCGUGCCCUUCCCUUCCCUGCCCGCUGCCCUGCCUGCCACUAAUGGCCCCGUCCCAGGACCCUACGGGCUGCUUCCUCAAGCGGGCAGCAAUGACUCCUUGAGCACCAGCAAGAGCCCUCCAGGGAAGAACAGCCUUGGCCUGGACAAUUCCCUGUCCACGUCUUCCGAGGACCCACACUCAGGCUGCCCGAGCCGCAGCAGCUCAUCGCUGUCCUUCCACAGCACGCCCCCACCGCUGCCCCUGCUCCAGCAGAGCCCUGCUACUCUGCCCUUGGCCCUGCCUGGGGCCCCUGCCUCGCUCCCACCCCAGCCACAGAAUGGGCUGGGCCGGGCACCUGGAGCAGCGGGGCUGGGGGCCAUGCCCAUGGCGGAGGGGCUGUUGGGUGGGCUGGCAGGUAGCGGGAGCCUGCCCCUCAAUGGGCUUCUGGGGGGGUUGAACGGGGCUGCUGCUCCCAACCCUGCGGGCUUGAGCCAGGCUGGCGGGGCCCCCACGCUUCAGCUGCCAGGUUGUCUCAACAGCUUGACAGAGCAGCAGAGACGCCUCCUUCAGCAGCAGGAGCAGCAGCUCCAGCAGCUCCAGCAGCUCCUGGCCUCUCCACAGCUGACCCCAGAGCACCAGACUGUGGUCUACCAGAUGAUCCAGCAGAUUCAGCAGAAACGGGAGCUUCAGCGGCUGCAGAUGGCUGGGGGCUCCCAGCUGCCCAUGGCCAGUCUGCUGGCUGGAAGCUCCACCCCACUGCUGUCCGCAGCGGCGGCGGCGGCGGGCACCCCUGGCCUGCUGCCCACAGCAUCGGCCCCACCCCUGCUGCCUGCUGGGGCCCUGGUGGCCCCUUCCCUCAGCAGCAGUACAAGUCUCAUGGCUGCAGCAGCUGCGGCCGCAGCCGUGGCAGCAGCGGGCGGGCCUCCAGUCCUCACGGCCCAGGCCAACCCCUUCCUCAGCCUGCCUGGGGCAGAUGCCAGUGGGAGCGGCCCCAAAGGAGGGACCGCUGACAAAGGAGCCUCAACCAGCCAGGAAAAAGGCUAACUCCACUCUGCCCCUCCUGACCCCUACACGGCUUGAGGGUCCUUGUCCGGAAUGGGUUCCUAGACCCAGACUCUGGAGAGCCAGGCCCAGAGCCUGUGCUGAUGCCCAGGGAAGUGUGUGCCUGGAGUUCCAGGUGCCGUGGAGAGAGACUGGAGGGAGCCCUUCCACUCACCCAUUCCCUACUGCACUGGCUGCUUCAGGAGAGAGGAUCAGGGGAAGCAGGCUCCAGGCCUGCCUCAGAGCCCCCAUCCUCCACAGAUGCCUAGGGGCCCCCCAAAGAGCAAAGUAGGUCAUGGCAUAGGAAGUGGAGAGUUGGUUGGACCUACCGCAUAAACCAGUCAGCACUUGAAUGGGGAAGGUGAAGGGUGGGCCCUUGGGCCUAUCCCUGUGUGGAAAUUCCUCAUGGAAAAAGGGCUGGUCCCAGUUGACCUUCAGUUUCUUCCCAGCAGAAGGUGUAUCCCUUUGACUGUUUCUCAUCAUCCCUCCCCACUGAGGGUCACAAGCUGAGCUUGGAAAAGCCUACAGAUGUGGGGGGCUGAGGAAGGGCAGGAUAGCACCUCUUGGGGCCCCAUGAUGGGGCUGGGCGGGGCAAAGUCCCUCGUCCUUGGUGUCCUGCCCCUUUUUGCACUAUUGGCUUGAGGAGUGCCGAGGGUGGGGAGAGGGAGCUGCCUGACUCCACAGAGCGUGCGUGCGUGUGGGUGAGUGUGGGUGGGUGUGUG